UUAUUCUUGCUUAACAUGGGUAAUGGAGAUUUCUGGGUAUUGUUUGUAUUUCUGUGGCUCUGUUUCCGAGCUCAGGCUUUGAAUUCUCAAAACCAGACCUGUAACUACAAGGACUUGAGAGCAUUGGAGGGUUUUAUGAAGGGCUUGGACUCAGGGAUUGCUGGGUGGAGCAGUAAUGUUCCUUCUUAUUGCUGUAACUGGGUUGGUGUCACUUGCUCUUCUUCGACCAUGGAAGUGGAGAAUUCUACAGAUUCCAGCAGAAGGGUAGUUGGAUUGGAGCUUGGGUUUAGAAGAUUAAAAGGUAAUUUAUCUGAAUCCUUGGCUGGUUUAGAUCAGAUGAGGUUCCUCAAUCUCUCUAACAAUUUGUUCAAAGGUACAAUUCCUUCCAAUCUGUUUAAUUUGCAGAACUUAGAAGUCCUUAACUUGAGCAAUAAUGGUUUCUCUGGCUUGCUUCCUCUGGAGAUCAAUCUACCCUCACUUCAGUAUUUUGACAUUUCUGAGAACCUGUUAGAGGGCGCCAUUAAUACCGGCGGCAUCUGUAAGAAAUGGAACCAAAUUCGAAUUCUCAAUCUCUCCAGGAACCACUUCUUUGGAAAUGUUCCUCUUGGUUUUGGUAAUUGUACUUCAUUACAGUAUCUUUCUUUCAAUUCGAAUUAUCUCUCUGGGAGUCUGCCUACUGAUUUAUUCUUGCUAGCAAAGUUGAGAAAAUUGUAUCUUCAGGAUAACUGGAUUUCUGGGUCUCUGAGUGAUGGGAUUUCUAACUUGACAAACCUUGUUGAAUUGGACAUCUCUUCCAAUAACUUCUCUGGAUCAAUCCCUAAUGUUUUUGAUAGACUUGAAGAGCUAGAAAGAUUUUCAGCCCAUUCAAAUAGAUUACUUGGUGGCUUACCCAUUUCCCUGUGCAAUACCCCAGCCCUCAAAUUGCUUAAUCUGCGAAACAAUUCUCUUAGUGGUUCAUUCAAUCUUAAUUGCUCAGCCAUGACUUCUCUCACUUCCCUGGAUAUCGGUUCUAACCACUUCCAUGGCCCUAUUCUUGAUAUUCUCUCCUCCUGUAAAAAACUGAGGUCCAUAAAUCUCGCCCGAAACUAUAUUAAUAGCCAAAUCCCUGAGAGCUUCAUGAACCUCAAGGCUCUAUCUUCCCUGUCACUGUCAAACACCAGCCUCCAUAAUAUAUCAGCCUCGCUUGGGGUUCUACAAAAAUGCCACAACCUUACUACUCUGGUUCUUACAUUCAAUUUCCAUAAAGAAUUACCUUCCAACAUGAGCCUAGAUCUUCACAGUCUGAAAACCCUUGUAAUUGCAUACUGCAGUCUUACUGGUUCGAUCCCGACAUGGUUGAGUAAGUCCACCAAUUUGCAGCUCUUGGAUCUCUCAUGGAACAAUUUGGUUGGAAUGAUUCCACACUCAUUGGGUGAGCUGAAGUAUCUCUUUUACUUGGAUUUUUCAAACAACUCACUUUCUGGAGAAAUCCCUAAAAGCUUGACUACAAUAGAGGGUCUCAUCAAUGAAGAUAUCUCAUCUGGACCCUCUCUUGACUUUCCAUUUUUGAAGACAGAUGGACGAAAUCGAUGGCUGUACAAACAGACUGGAAGCUUUCCUCGGUCGUUGAUCCUGAUGAAUAACAUGCUUACUGGACCAAUUUGGCCAGAGUUUGGAAAACUCAAGAGACUCCAAGUUUUGAAUUUGAGUUUCAACUCUCUCAGUAGACACAUUCCAAGUGAGUUGUCUAAUAUUACAAACUUGGAGCUUUUGGAUUUGUCACAUAAUAAUCUAUCAGGAACUAUACCUGAUUCCUUGGUCAAUCUCAACUUUCUUUCACAGGUCAGUGUUGCUUACAAUCAGUUAUCUGGGAUCAUCCCUACAGGCGGCCAGUUCCUGACCUUCACAAGCUCGAGCUUUGAAGGGAACAAGAAUCUGUUUGGUCCAUUGAUAAACUCUAGGGAUCAACAUUACCUAGAGCGGUGGUGGUGGAUACAGCCAUGGUGGCGGCGGUGGUGGUGA